CCAAUCAGUCACGAUGUCUCGCCGAGUGUCCCUCCUCUCGAUCUUGAAACUUUACUUCUUGGUGUUUUGUGUGAUUUUACCGGUCCUGUGCCACAGAAUGUACUUCUCAAUCUACUACAGUCAGUACCUUCACAUGGCAGGCGAGGACCCGGGCUCUUAUUCGGGAAGGAUCAACGACGAACGUAGAAGUCAAGCCCAAGAAUUCUUCGCUUCAAAAACAGUCGACGGGUCUUCGAACGUUGUUCUAGACACACGCACCAAAGUGAAGCUAGCCAUUGGAAUUCUUACCGUAAACAGGCACUUUAGGACACAGGACGGUGGUUUUUAUAAUCCAGGAUACCUUCUUCAAACUGUAGCGGCGAUCUUGCAAGACAGACCACCAUUCUCCACUCGUGUUCUGAUCUGUAACAUGGAUUCUGAUCCCAUCUCCCAUUCCGAUGCGGUCUUAUUGUCUCUACUAGUACCCGUUCGGUCAAAAUAUCAGCUGGCGAAUGGGCUGAAACCGCCAGAGGGCGCAAAUGAGAAGUACAGGGAAGACUACGUCUUCUGUUUGAACCAAACCCUGGCCCUCAACUCGGAGUAUAUCCUUGUUGUGGAAGACGACGCCGUCGCAUUACGUGGGACGUUCGAUAUCAUCGACCACAUCAUACGAACCAAGCUAGAACAUAGAUAUCACGGUUUUGAACUGAAGAAAAAUGAUAAAUAUAACUCCACAAAAACGGUCAUCAAGCUGUUUUCUCCGCCAUAUCACCAGCGUGAUUUUUUCACCGCCAAACCGAAACGAAUCAUCAUCAAUUCACUCGAACUUCUAGGGAUCGGUAUUGUCGGUGGCACAGCAAUUAUUAUCUUGGAUUUCCUUCUUGUUGCAAAAUUCCGGAGACCAUUCGUGUUGGACAAGCGGUUCUUUGUCGCUGCUUUUUUCUGUUGUGCUCUGUCGGCGCUUGCUAUCUCCAGACCGCAUCUACUUGAGUUGAGAAGAAUAUCAAAACAUCUGUACCUCAUGAUAGAGGCCAACGACUGCUGUACGCAGGCAGUUUUGUACCCCAGAGGAGCUGCUUUGGAGUUGAUGUCUUACCUGCAUACCUACGGGAGGCACUACCCCAGCAAACCGCUAGACGGCGCACUUGACGAUUUUGUGAGAACGCGCGGAUAUAGACAGUUUGCCGUGGAACCUAACUGUUUUCCCACAUAGGGAAAUAUUCCUCUCGACAUCAUUCAAAACUGACAUUUCUUCAGCACUUUGUGUAGGACUCUAGUAAAAUGAAACAUUUCAUAAAAGCAAUGUAGGGAAUCUUAAAAUUGUAUGUACAUACUAUAGUUGUAUGCAUGUAUGCACUUUUGACAAUUUGAGUUGACUUUUGACCCUUAGCUUA